GACGGCUAGCGCACCAUCUCUGUGUGGUGGCGGCGUGCCGUCCUCCCAGCCGGUCCGUUCGCUGUCCUGAGGUUCGGCCUGUCCAUUCAAGCUGUCCAUGAGCGACGCCGCGGUGCGCGCAUACCUCGCCGAGCACGGAGCUCCGUCGGCGGCGUCCGCGGCGCAGCAGGCCGCGCUCGACGCCUGCACCGUCGACCAGGUUCCGAUCCUGCAGUUGCUCUAUCAGCCGUGCGGCGCCGGCAUGCACGGCUUCGCGUGUGGUGUUCGGUGGGGCGUCGACGAGGAGUUCCUCCCGUCCCCUCGCCGCUGGCUCCGCCAGUGGGGCCGGCCGCACGCGGCGCUUUGCCAGCGCGGCUUCUUUGCUGCCCUUGCCGCCGUCCUCACGCGCGCCCACUGGGAGCAAGAGUGGGACGCGCAGCCCUUUCGCAUCGCAGCGGUGCCGCCCCGCACAAUGGGCAAGAUGGUGCAUCAGCUGGCGACGGCAAACUACUACCACUUCACCCUUGGCCCGAGGCAGCGGCCGGCGCUGCGCGGCUCGCCUGCGCCCGGCUCGCGCUUCCGGCCGCUUCCCCAGCCGGGCUUCCGGUGGAACGUGCUCGACUUUGGCGGGGGCGGGCGCGAGGAGAUCGACUUUGAGCGGCUCAGCAGCAUGCCCGGCAACGCGGCGGAGGCGCUCUACAACGCCUCCCUCGCCGGCGAGCAGCCCGGAGGGAUGAUGCAGUACGUCGCCGCCACAAAGCACCUGCGGGCGGUCUGCCACGUCGGGGGGCCCUACUGCGGCGGCGGCGGCGGCGACGCGGAGCGCACGCCCGUCGCGGCGGUGCACGUGCGGCAGGGCGACUCGUGCGACCGCAAGGUGGACGAGCCAGGCCCGUGGAACGCGAUGUGGCGGCCGGACCCGAAGCGGCCGGGCAAGCUCACGCGCGAAGGCGUCGGCCGGCGCUGCUACUCGUGGCGCGUGUACCGCCAGCAGCUGCAGACCCUCCGCGCAAAGUACGGCGUGCGGACGGUGCUGCUCGCCACCGACGACCACACCGGCGAGGUCGUGCGCGCGCUGCAGGGCGAACGCGACUUCAACUGGGUCUACCUCGACUACCCGCGGCAGCAGUUCCGCAAGCGCGCGUGGAUGGAGUUCCGGUCCGACCUCGACGAGAACGCGCCCUUCUCGCUCGCGGCGGAGCUCGAGCUCCUCUCGACCGCAGACCUCUUCGUCGGCAGCAUGGGCUCGCACACGUCCCGCUCCGUCUACAUGCGGAUGGUCUCCUCCUCGCGCACCUCCCAGCUACCGCCCUUCAUCUCGGUCGACGGGUACGGACUCUGCUGCGACUUCACCGAGGAGUACGGACUCUGCUGCGACUUCACCGAGGAGUGCACGCGCGAGCAGGUUCGCGGCCGCGCCCGGCCGGUGCGCGAGUGCAUCUACCGAUUCGGCGCGGUGACGGGCGGGGAGCAGUGGAUGUACCACCGGGGGUGAGGUCUCAGCGACCGGCGAUGUGUGUGAAAAUGGGUUGAGAGGCGGGCAGAGCGCCUGUCUCAGCGGCAGCCGGCGGGGUCCUUCGUCGUCAGCACAGUGACAGUCAGACACGCAAA